AUGGAUAUGGCCUCCCCGUUGCGCGUGGACGCCAUCGAGGCUUCACGCAUGGAGCUAGAGCUGGAAUUUAAAAGCAGACUGGAACAUCGGGAUAACCAGAUCGCAGAAAUGCGACAGACCAUCAAUGAACUCACCACGAAGUUGAAGCUCUACGACCAGCUUCCUGACCCUAGGAAGCUGUAUGAGGCCAAGUCCCGACUACUGGAUUGGCUGAAAGCCAUGAAAAACAAGCUCAGACAUGAUGGCAACGCGAUUGGCGACUCGCGUGCACAAUUUGAUUAUGUCUAUUACAGACUGACAAGUCAAGACCAGGACCUCGUGCUUACUUAG